CAGGAUCGCCUCCUGACACCAGGUGACAAGCCACAACAUCUUCAGUUAACCAACGGUCAAGAUCGCCUGGUGAAGGAUCCAACGGCUGUCGAGCGUCUGAGUUUAAAUAGCUGUACUUUGAAAACUAAGCGUGGUCCUGCUCUAUGGUAUAAAGAGCAGGAGAGGGAGGAAGGGUGGCACGCUAUGAAUAAACCCUAAAUUUCGUACCUGUUGUCUCCUCCCUUCCCAUGGCUGCGCCGCCGGAGCACUAGCUUCCUUCUCCUUCCCCUUAACGUGUCAGUGAGCUCGGGGAUCCUGACACCCCUGCCCCAAUGCCUUAAACCACCUUAACGCCUUGAAAACCAUGAUCUUCCCGUCUUCACUAUUUGGAGUCAUUCUGUUGGCCCCUUUGCUUCUUGUCCCGUUCUUUUUCUUGGGAAUGUGUGGCCUAUUUCCGCAUGGUUUGAUUGUGGAAGUCGUCAAAACGCCGUCGCCCUGCAUUCUUGGAGUUUGCUGUUUUCACACUUGGAGGCUGUACCUGUUAUACUGGUGUACAAUUAUUUACUCAGCACUUGCCACUUUAGGGCAAGUUACAUUUCAUAUAAUAUGGGGAAUUGAGGGAAAUGAAUGGAUUGUGGCACAUUCUUGGUGGGCGAAGCUGGUUGGUUUUGCAAGGGACCAGCCUUGGGAAUCACCAUCUGUUAUCUAUUUUCUUAUCGUGCAGCUAUCUGCUGCUGUCAUUGCUUUGGUAGAAAUCUUUGGAAGCAGGAUCCAUCAAGAUUCAUGUUGGCUGAAUUUCUCCUUUGGGAUUGAGCAAAUAGGUUACCACUUGCGGGUUGCGUGCUGUUUGUUGCUGCCUGCUGUCCAAUUAGUUGUCAGUAUUAGUCACCCUUCUUGGAUUUCAUUACCAUUCUUUAUAUUUAGCUGCAUUGGUCUUGUCGAUUGGUCCUUAACAAGCAACUUUCUUGGUCUUUUCCGAUGGUGGAGGUUACUUGAAAUAUAUUCGGUGUUCAGCAUUCUUCUGCUUUAUAUCUACCAACUGCGUGUCAAGUUCCCCUAUGUUGUGGUAGCAUUUGCUGACUUUAUUGGUCUAUUCAAAGUAUCGUCAAAAUCAGAAUGGCCCGAGCUAUGUUCUGGAAUUUCUCUCCUGGUUUAUUACGUUAUGCUGUCAUCAGCCAAGCGGGACAUACAAGAAAUGGAUUCUGCAAUGUCUCUAGAAAAUGACAGCUUAAUAGAGGACCUUCUCCCUUCUAGGAAUGGAUUUUUGGUUCGCCAAUCUCGAUCUGGCAGAAGGCAUGCUAAUGUAUUACUGGGAGGACCAAUUUUCAGAACAUUUAGCAUUAACUUCUUCACUUAUGGCUUCCCGGUUUUGCUUCUUGCACUUUCCUUAUGGAGUUUCAACUUCACUAGUAUUUGUGCUUUUGGUCUCCUUGGAUAUGUUGGAUACAUAUUAUAUGCUUUUCCUUCGUUGUUCCAAAUGCAUCGGCUGAAUGGGUCACUCCUAGUGUUUAUUCUGCUAUGGGCAGCAAGCACAUAUGUCUUCAAUGUGGCGUUCACAUUCUUCAACAAAAGAUUUCAGAAGGAUAUGAUGAUAUGGGAGACUAUUGGGCUCUGGCACUAUUCUAUACCUGGACUAUUUCUACUUGCACAAUUCUGCCUUGGUGUUUUUGUAGCACUUUGUAAUCUUGUAAACAAUUCUGUUUUUCAUUACCUUACCUCUGAGGAGGGGCCAUCAUCUAGUGACGAUCACAUUCUUGAUGACAAGGAAGACGCGAUGGUUUUGAUCGUGGCAACACUAGCAUGGGGUCUACGCAAACUUUCCCGCACAAUAACUUUAAUGUUACUGUUUCUUCUUGUGAUGAAACCUGGAUUUAUUAAUGCUGUUUACAUGUGCUUUUUCCUGGUAUUUCUGGUGAAUCAUUCGAUCAACAGGAGACUGCGCCAAUUCUUGGUGUUAUUCUGCGAGCUGCACUUUUCAAUACUGUACAUUCUUCAGCUUGAUCUAGUCUCCAAUGCUCUUGAGCGCAGUGGUUCACUAAUGAUGGAGGUACUCUCACAGCUAGGCCUCUCAAGUAAUGCUAAAACAAAAGACUUAAUUGAGAUUGGCUCGAUUAUAUGCUUCUGUGCUGUCCAUAGCCAUGGGUUUAAAAUGCUUUUUGCUCUAUCUGCUGUUCUCCGGCAUACACCUUGUCCACCUGUUGGGUUCAGUAUCCUAAAGGCUGGUCUGAAUAAGUCAGUACUCUUGUCAGUUUAUAGCUCACAAAAUUCACGAGAUGGUCAAGUUUGCCGCAAUUCUCAUGAAAAAAAGAUUGCGUCAUAUCUCAGUAAAAUCAGCCAGAAAUUUCUCUCUGUGUAUCGUUCAUAUGGAACUUAUGUUGCUUUUCUCACAAUUCUCUUGACUCUAUACUUGGUGACUCCCAAUUAUAUAUCAUUUGGUUACCUUUUCUUCCUUCUACUUUGGAUAAUUGGAAGGCAGCUCGUCGAAAAGACUAAAAGACGACUUUGGUUUCCAUUGAAAGUAUAUGCUGCUCUGGUGUUUAUCUUCACUUACAGCCUGAGUAUUUCUCCGCUCUUUGCACACUUGGUCUCAAAGUUGGUUAACCUAUAUCCUGAUCUUGGAUUUGACCCUGAAGCCUCUCUGCUGGAAAAUGUUUGGCAAUCAUUGGCUAUUCUAAUAGUGAUGCAACUUUACAGUUAUGAAAGAAGGCAAAACAGUGACAAGAACUUCGGUGUUUCUGAGGCUUCUGUAUCUGGGGUUCUAGGGUUCUUAAGAAGGUUGCUAAUUUGGCACAGCGAGAAGUUAUUAUCAAUUAGUGUGUUCUAUGCUUGCCUAUCAUCAAUCAGUCUUUCUGGCCUAGUUUAUCUGUUUGGUCUCAUUGUCUUUUCUACCUUACCAAAAGUUUCCCGAAUUCCUUCAAAGGUUUACUUAGUCUACACUGGUUUGCUUGCUUUAUCUGAAUACCUCUUCCAAAUGUUAUGCAAACCUGCUCAAAUGUGUCCUAGUCAGUGCUUGCAUGGACUGUCUGCCUUUCUAGGUUUGAAACAUUACAGUUCUGGGUUUUGGGGUGUUGAGCAUGGGCUUAGAGGAAAAGUUUUGGUGAUUGUGGCUUGCACCAUUCAGUAUAAUGUGUUCCAUUGGUUGGACUUGAUGCCAACAUCUAUAGUACAUGAGGGUAAGUGGGAAGAGCCUUGCCAGCUGUUUUUCUCUUUCGGUCAAUCUGCUAGUCCUAUGAACAGUAGGGAGGAGAGCCAUUUCUCGAAUAGGUUUGCCUUUUUGUUUUCUAAAGUCCAGGGUCUUAUGCAUAGCAGCUCAAGUUCAUCCCUUAAUUCAGGGAACACUUAUAAGACACCAGAAUCUGUCCAGAAUGUGACCAAGCGCUCAGACGAGGAGAAAAGGUACUCAUUUGCGAAGAUGUGGGGAAUGUCAAAAGAAAGCCACAAGUGGGAUAAGAAAAGGAUUAUCUCUCUGAAAAGAGAAAGAUUUGAGACCCAGAAGAUGACAUUUAAGAGCUACAUGACAUUCUGGAUGGAGAAUCUUUUUAGACUGCGAGGUCUGGAAAUUAACAUGAUUGUGUUACUAUUGGCAAGCUUUACAUUGUUAAAUGCUGUAUCAAUGUUUUACAUCAUGUGCCUUGUCGCAUGUAUUCUUAUGAACAGAGAUCUAAUCCAGAAACUGUGGCCCCUUUUUGUGUUCCUCUUUGCUUCUGUCUUAAUACUCGAGUAUUUUGCCCUUUGGAAAGAUGGAAUACUCUGGUUAAAGGGCGGCGAUGAUAUUGAAGUCCGUUGCCACGAAUGCUGGAAAAAUUCACGGAUUUUCUUUGACUAUUGCUCAAAGUGCUGGCUAGGGCUAAUAGCUGAUGAUCCUCGAAUGCUGGUUAGCUACUAUGUUGUGUUCAUUUUUUCUUCAUUCAAGCUGCGCUGUGACCACUUCUCUGGUUUCUCGGACUCAGAUACAUAUCGUCAGAUGCGGUCCCAAAGAAAAAAUGCAUUUGUUUGGAGGGACCUCUCAUUGGAAACAAAAAGUUUCUGGACAUUUCUUGAUUAUGUGCGACUUUAUGCUUACUGCCAUUUAUUGGAUAUAGUUUUGGCACUGAUUGCUAUUACUGGUACUUUGGAGUAUGAUUUUCUACACCUUGGUUAUCUCGGGUUCGCUCUGGUUUUCUUCCGAAUGAGACUCGAAAUUCUGAAGAAGAAGAAUAAGAUUUUCAAGUAUCUGCGGAUGUAUAAUUUCACUCUUAUAGUUUUGUCACUUGCAUAUCAAUCUCCUUAUGUUGGGCAGUUUAGCUCUGGCAAGUGUGAUCAAAUAGAUUAUCUGUAUGAAAUUAUUGGAUUCUACAAGUAUGAUUAUGGUUUUAAGAUAACAUCACGAUCGGCUUUUGUUGAGAUAGUGAUCUUCUUAUUGGUGGCAGUGCAAUCAUAUAUCUUUAGUUCUGGUGAGUUUGAUUAUGUAUCAAGGUACCUUGAAGCAGAGCAAAUCGGUGCAAUGGUCCGUGAGCAAGAGAAAAAGGCUUUGAAGAAAACUGAACAGCUGCAGCAUCUUCGUAGGUCUGAGGAGCAAAAACGUCAACGUAACAUGCAAGUAGAAAGGAUGAAAUCUGAGAUGUACAAUUUGCAAAGUCAGCUUAAUACCAUGAAUUCCUUCACCCCAAUCAAUAAGGCUUCCCACAAUCAAGGCCUACGGCGCAGGAGAGCUACUAGGUUGCACAGCAAUACUGAUGCCCCAUUGCUAUAUAAUGAGAAUGGUUCACCAAAUAAGGAAUAUAAGAUUGGUAGCAUGGAAUCAUCUCAGUCGUUCGAAUUUUCUGUAGCAGAUACAAAGGAGAACAUGACAGAUUUGUUGUGCGCAGGCUCAUCUGAUAAUCUGCGAUCACCAACCAGGGGGAGAAGUGAAGAAUUUAUGCUGGAUGAUAAUGCUAGAAACUCCCUUGGCUCAACAUCUGAGAUUAUUGAGCUUGAUGAGAGUGAUAUCAAAUUGCAUCCUAACUUGCUCAAAGAGAAAGAAAGAAGGCAACCUAGGGAAAACCCACUUAAAUCUGCCGUGCAAUUAAUUGGUGAUGGUGUUUCCCAAGUUCAGUCAUUCGGAAACCAGGCAGUUACAAACAUUGUGAGCUUCUUGAACAUUGAUCCAGAAGACUCCAAUGAGAAUCCUGCAGAAGGUGGCAUUUAUGAUGUAGUAGAAAACCAGAGGGAAACACAAGAUGACCAGUUGCCGGGAACACAUUCAGUUAGCAUGGGAACUGCAACAGAAUCCUCGUCAAACAUGCCAAUUGGUGUGAUCUUUCGGUAUAUAUGGUAUCAGAUGCGAAGUAAUUAUGAUUAUGUUUGUUAUUGCUGUUUUGUUCUAGUUUUUCUGUGGAAUUUUAGUUUGCUCUCCAUGUUCUACCUUGGAGCACUUUUCCUGUAUGCUCUUUGUGUCAACUAUGGGCCAAGUUACUUGUUUUGGGUCAUUGUCCUGAUAUACACCGAGCUCAACAUUCUAUCACAGUAUAUAUAUCAGAUAAUUAUCCAGCACUGUGGUUUGAAUAUACAUUUGCCUCUUCUCCAGAGAUUUGGUUUCCCCGACGAUAAAAUAAAGUCAUCCUUUGUGGUCAGCAUAUUACCUCUGUUUUUGGUAUAUAUAUCUACUCUCUUACAGAGCUCAAUAACAGCAAAAGAUGGUGAAUGGGUUCCUGUAACAGAAUUCAGUUUUCUUAGUGCAAGAAUAGACAUUGAAGAGAAGUAUUAUGUACCAUACAACUGGAAAGAUAGGUUAAAAAGUUUGCACAUGCCUGUGAUGAAUCUUACAAGGAUGAUUGGGAGAGCCUUAUCUAGAUAUUGGAUGUCACUAACACAGGGAGCCGAAUCUCCUCCAUAUUUUGUACAAGUUACAAUGGAAGUGAACCAUUGGCCAGAAGAUGGAAUCCAACCGGAGAGGAUCGAGUCAGCAAUAAAUAAGGUGCUUGUAACAGCCCAUGAAGAAAGAUGUCAAUCUAAUUCGCCUUCAUCAUGCCAUUCUUCUAGCCAAGUUCGGAUUCAAAGUAUUGAACAGAGCAAAGAAAAUUCUAGUAUGGCUCUUGCUGUACUUGAAGUUGUUUAUGCUGCUCCAAUAGAAUGCCAGUCAGCAGAAUGGCACAAAUCACUUACUCCGGCGGCUGAUGUUGAAAGGGAGAUUCAUGACUCACAAAAGGCAGGCCUUUUUGAAGAAAUAAGUUUCCUUUACCCAAUUGUCUCAGUGAUUGGUGGUGGUAAAAGAGAGAUAGAUCUUUAUGCAUAUUAUUUUGGUGCUGACAUGGCAUGUUUCUUUCUUGUUGUCAUGUUCUAUCAGUCUAUUCUAAAAAACAAGAGUGAGUUUUUGGAAGUUUAUCAGCUAGAAGACCAAUUCCCUAAAGAGUUUGUUUUCGUCCUAAUGGUUCUCUUUUUCUUGAUUGUGGUUGACCGCAUUAUAUACUUAUGGUCAUUUGCCACGGGAAAAGUUGUUUUCUAUCUUUUUAAUCUUGUCCUCUUCACAUACUCGGUCACUGAGUAUGCUUGGGGAAUGGAGCUAGCCCACAGGGAUGUUGGAGGAUUUGUUCUACGUGCCAUCUACCUUACAAAAUCAAUUUCCCUCGCACUGCAGGCUCUGCAGAUCAGAUAUGGCAUCCCCAACAAAAGUAACUUGUAUCGGCAAUUUUUGACUAGCAAAGUAACACAAGUAAACUACUUGGGUUUCCGGCUAUACCGUGCUUUACCGUUCUUGUAUGAACUUCGAUGUGUCCUUGAUUGGUCUUGCACGACAACAUCGUUAACAAUGUAUGAUUGGCUCAAGUUGGAGGACAUAUAUGCAAGCUUGUUCCUUGUGAAAUGUGAUACAAUUUUAAAUAGGGCAAAUCAUCAACACGGGGAUAAGCAAACAAAAAUGACAAAAUUCUGUGGUGGGAUAUGCCUAUUCUUUGUACUUAUUUGUGUUAUUUGGGCUCCAAUGUUGAUUUACAGCAGUGGUAAUCCCACAAAUAUUGCCAAUCCCAUCAUUGAUGUAAGUGUUAAGAUUGACAUAAAGGCUCUUGGUGGAAGGUUAACCUUUUUUCAAACAACUGCUUGUGAAAAGAUACCUUGGAAGUAUUUGAAGGCCUAUAAUGAUGUUGAUCCUCUAGAUUAUUUAGGGGCAUACAAUAUUGAUGACAUUCAGCUAAUCUGUUGCCAACCUGAUGCAUCUACAAUGUGGUUGGUACCUCCUCCAGUUCAAAGCAGAUUUGUUCAAUCCCUUGAGGAGACAGAAAUCUAUUUUGGAAAAAUGGAACUUAUUUUAAAUUGGGAUUUUCUCAGAGCUAGACCGAAAGGGAAGGAGUUGGUGAAAUAUGAAUCACCUGUCGAGCAGUGCCCAGGUGUAGAUGAUGUUAAACAAGUGCUCAAUGGAUCUGUGCACAGCUUCAGGAUAACUGAUGCUUACCCUAGGUAUUUUCGGGUUACAGGAUCAGGCGAAGUGCGGCGACUAGAGUCAUCGAUAGAUUCAGUAAGUGGUGAACUGCUCUUAAAUAAUGGCACUUAUCCUUGGUGGUCAUUCUACAAUACAAACCCAUCAGAUUUGGCUGGUUGUCAAGGGCAGAAUGGUCCUAUGGCAAUUGUCGUGUCUGAGGAGACACCUCAGGGCAUUAUUGGUGAAACACUCAGCAAAUUCAGCAUAUGGAGUUUGUACAUUACUUUUGUGUUAGCUGUUGCAAGAUUUAUUAGACUGCAAUGCUCAGACUUGAGAAUGAGGAUACCUUAUGAGAAUCUCCCAUCUUGCGACAGGUUGCUUGAUAUCUGUGAAGGCAUUUAUGCAGCACGGGCAGAAGGUGAGCUACAAGUGGAAGAAGUUUUAUACUGGACAUUGGUAAAUGUUUACAGGUCCCCACACAUGCUGCUUGAGUACACCAAGCCGGACUAGGACGUUCAGUUCUGCAAGAAGAGCAAUUCUGCAACUUCUAAUCCAAGUAUUUUACCAGGAGACUGACUUGAUAGGUCUUUAAUUGAUUCAAGAUGAGCCAGCCUACUGGAGGCUAUUUUUUAGCCUUUAGGUUUACGUAGAACAAGACCAUGUAAAUAUGCCUCGUAGUUCCGUCGUAGUUGUUCCGGCUUAAUUUAUAUUUUAUGAUAGCUUAAUUUAUAUUUUAUGAUAGCUGUUAAAUUAUUAGGAAAUUUUUGAACAA